AUGAACCGUUAUUGGUUUGAGCCGGAAGCCUAUGGCCGUCUCUAUAACUGCUCCCGAUUUACUUCGGAGGAAUGGCAUGGCUUCGGGAUUCCUGAUAAGGUAAUUGGAGCAACCUAUGUCUCCAUUGGUCUGAUGUACGAAGUCCUCUACUUUCCCUGUUUGUACACAAUGAGCGGAAAAAGGUUUCUGCGACUCUCUUGCUACAAAAUUAUGUUUUAUCUCGGUAAGUUUUCAUUUUCAUAUUUGCUGACCUUUUGGUAAAUUUGCAUUGAUGAGAUGAUUUUUAGGACUGAUUGAUGUGGCCUGCAUAUUCAUAAAUUCGAUUAUCGACGGUUUCUUUGCUUGGCACGGAAAUGUUUUCUGCGAUUAUCCGGACCUCAUGUACAUCUCGGGUGCGAUAUCGACGGGUGAGUAUUUUUUUGGUUGAAUUAACUUCAAACAUAGUCCAAACUUAUGCUGUAGCUUUUGCAAAAAAUUUAUAUACCACGUAGUUAAAGUUUUUAGGGCUUUGGUGCUCUGCUUGUAUGGCUUGCAUGAUGUUGGCGAUGAAUCGGGUUUGCGAUUUGAUAAAGCCGGAAUGGAUGGAGGUUCUUUUUGGCGGCUCCCGAACGUACUUUUGGCUCUUGGCUCCAACAGCGUAUGGUCUUUACUUCAUAAUAUUCACUCCUCCACUCAUAUUCUCUUCAAUUUAUGACGGGGCCUUUUUUGAUCCGUUUGUUGGAACUCCGACGACAGAUAAGGAAAUUGUAAGUAUGACGUCAUUAGAUGACUAUAUUUUGAUGACUUGCCUUAAGUGAAUAUUCGUCAUUACUAAUUUUUGUACUGAUGACUUGUUUUAGUACACAAGUUGGCCACAUACCAUCAAUAAUAUGGUUGUAAUCGCCGUUCUGGUAACAGCUUACAGUUGUGUCUGUGUGGUGGUGCUAAUGAAGAGUCGACUUCUGAAUUCGGGUACAAACGCCUCAAGGAAUACAAUGAGUGGAAUGCAAAGAACUGUAAGUGUCUUUAAACGGCCAUUAACUCAAUUAUUUUGUUAUAAAAUCUAAAUGAAUACAAAAAUAAGUGCGUAUUUUAGAUUGUGGCUCAGGCGACAAUGAUUUGUAUGCUGAUCCUGGUUGCUGCCACCGUAUACGUGAGGAUGCAGUUUUUCGAAACAGCAGGGUAUAUGGUAGUGGUGGGACAGAUCACAUGGCAGUCAAGUCAUGGUAAGGCUUUUUGAAAAUGCGACUAAACUCGAAGCAAGAAAUAGCUCUUGCAUUACUAACAUCCCGUUUAGGACUUGCAAAGAUAUCGACAGAAUUAUGUAGAUAUCCAACGACCUACACGUUUGGUGUAGACACCCAUAAAUUAUCACGUAUUCCGACCGCAUCUCAGCUAGUUCUCCAUUUAUGUAUAUAUGAGACAGGAGAGACCAAAACCUUUGUUUUCAGGUGGAGCUGUGUUCAUCUACUUAUUCCUCAACAAGACCAUGAGAAAUGAGAUCCGUCGUGAGUUCUGCUGCACAAAAUCUCAUCAAAUCUCAUCGACGACAAAUCAAAAGCACCGUACACACACAACAUCGAACAUGUCCAGUAAUCGAGACAGUCACGGAGAAAUGAUGUAUUAA